UUUCUCUAUAAAUACAUAGACGUAGUACUCAUCUCAGUACAGUCUCUAGUGAACACAGGAUUUGUUUCUUUUGUCAGCGAUUGCAAUUAAACCUAACGAUGUGGCAGAUGAUCGCUUUAUCUGCUUUCGUGGUGUCAGUCUCCGGCCACGGCAGAGUCCUGGAUCCUCCCGGGAGGGCCUCGAUGUGGAGGAAGGGCUACCCCACUCCACACAAUUACGAUGACGAUGGACUUAACUGUGGAGGAUUCCACACUCAAUACGGAGUCAACCAUGGAUUAUGCGGAGCUUGCGGCGACGCCUACAACAUGGCAACACCCAGAACCCACGAAUUGGGAGGCAAAUACGGUCUGGGUAUCAUCGUCGCCGAAUACGAGGCCGGAGAAGUAGUCGAGAUGACAGUCCAGCUUUCCGUUUAUCAUAAAGGGUACUGGUACUUCAAGAUAUGUACUGAUCCCACUUCUGAAUCUAACCAGGAAUGCUUUGACGAGCACCAACUUGAGUUGGAAGAUGGCGGCUAUCUAUAUUACCCUUCUACAGGCGGGACCUUCACAGUAAGAUACAGGAUACCAGAUGAUAUCUCUUGCGAACACUGUGUUCUUCAGUGGAGGUACGUCGCAGGAAACAACUGGGGCAUUUGCGAGGACGGAAGAGGAGAGCUUGGAUGUGGCGACCAGGAAACCUUCGGUGCAUGCUCGGACAUAAAGAUAACUCCUAACAAAUAUCUCUCCGCAGAGAGUAUUCCCCUGCCGUUAUCUGCGAUGAUUGGAAACUUUGAAGGUGAGGCAAACACGAAGUAAUUGGCAUGUUAACAGAUUAACUAACGCAUCAGUAUUGCUAACCAGUAUUAGACGCGCAACUUUCAAAGGAAACGCGCUAUAAAUUAUUUACUCAUAGAAAGUUGGUUUCUUUACAAUUUUUGUUUGACGCUAUGUCGCUGCUGUUAUCAUUUCCUACAUUACCGAGGGAACCAGUACAAUAACUGCGAUGUAACGUCGAAUACUCAAGAUAACUUUACUUUGUGAAAGUUGCUCAUCGUUAUACUAAUAAACUAACUGCGGUGAUGUUUGAUGUAUUUAUCAGUACUAAUAAAAUUUUAUUUACGCUUA